AUGGCAGAGAAAUGGACCAAAGAUGAAUGCAAAUCUAAACGGCGUUUGGUUCAGUUCACCCGUGCACAAACCGGCAACAUGAUCCACGUGGAUUUUAGAGCUGUGGCUUUUAAAGAGUAUGCCCAGAAUAGCUUUUGCAUCAGUUGCAUUUACUGGGAUGAUAAGAAGGAAUAUUUUGUUACAGGUGUUGACAUCAUACAUCUACUUCAAGCACUUGUUGCUUUUCGGUUCACAUUGCAGGAGAAGAAUCGUAUUCGGAGGAACCUGGAAAGCUUCAAGCCUCUCACAGUCUCGAGAGCUAGUAGCAAUUACUUUUUUGAGGUAAUCAUGGGGUUUCCAACGCCAAAGCCACGAAGCCUAAUGAGGGAAGUGAAAGUCUUCCCGUGGAAAGCUCUCAACCCUGCCCUAACGAAGGUCAUUAGCAAAUAUUCUGUGAGUCAUUCCUUGGGGACUAAUACCUUGCCCGCGCCUAUCAGCUCCUACCGUGCUAGUAAUCAUGCGGUGUCGGAUUUCUGA